CGGCAGACACGUACCUGCGCACGCGCACCCACUCGUGGGCUCGCGCGCGCGCGUAUAUAUAUGGGCGGGCGACACCCCCCCAAGGUGACCCAAACACAAGCCAGCCAACGCAGCGCCCUGAUUCCUGAUCGCUCUCGACCACCUCACCUCUCUCCAGGAGACCGAAAGGCCAAACAAACCAGCACCAACCCAGCAAGCAAAGCCAGAAGCCAGAGAUUACUAAAAGGCUCGCGAGCUAACGAGUCAAAACGUACUUGUAGCUCGCGUCGGCCACCAAUCACCAGCAGACACAGGCUCCCUGCUUACAGCUUCUUCAACAGUGGAAGACGCACGCGCGCGGGAGUACGCGCACUUUCAAGCCUCCAGAUCGAGCAGCUCGUUGCUGCCGUCGUCGGCGUCAUCAUGUGCGACACCGGGAGCGAUCUUUCCUCCUCUGCCGUGUCCUCCUUGCCUCCGGCGCUCACCUCCUUCAAGAGCUCCGCGCACCAGCUCCUCCACCCCGUGGACGGCGACGAUGGUGGCAGCCAUACACAGCAGCACUCCAAGGUGGCCAGCGAGGCGCGGGCGAUCGGCCGGGUGUCCGUGCCGAUGGCGGUGACGGGGCUGGUCAUGUACUCGCGGGCGCUCAUCUCCAUGCUUUUCCUUGGACGGCUGGGAGAGCUCGCGCUCGCCGGCGGAUCGCUGGCGCUGGGCUUCGCCAACAUCACCGGCUACUCCGUGCUCUCAGGGCUGGCGCUCGGCAUGGAGCCUAUCUGCGGCCAAGCCUUCGGCGCGCGCCGCGGCAAGCUGCUCGCGCUCGCGCUCCACCGCACCGUGCUGCUGCUCCUCGCCGUGGCGCUGCCCAUCUCCCUUCUGUGGAUCACCUCCACGGGGGGCAUACUCAAGAUGCUGGGUCAGGACGAAGGCGUGGCGGACGCGGCGCAGACGUUCGCGGCGUACGCGUCGGCCGACCUGGCGGUGCUGGCCGUGCUGCACCCGCUGCGCGUGUACCUACGGUCGCAGAACCUGACGCUGCCCAUCACGGCAUGCUCCCUCUUCUCGGUGCUGCUGCACGGACCUAUCAACUACCUCCUCGUGGUGCGCCUCCGCAUGGGCGUCUCCGGGGUGGCGCUCGCCGUCGCGCUCACCGACCUCAACCUGCUCCUCGCGCUCCUCUGCUUUCUCGCCAUCUCGGGCGCGCACAGGGACUCCUGGGUGGGCCCCACAUCCGACUGCCUCCGCGGCUGGCCGGCGUUGCUCCGCCUCGCCGUCCCCACCGCCACUGCGGUCUGCCUCGAGUGGUGGUGGUACGAGCUCAUGAUCGUGCUGUCGGGCCUCCUCGCCAACCCGCGCGCCACCGUGGCUUCCAUGGGCAUCCUCAUCCAGGCGACGUCGCUCGUCUACGUGUUCCCCUCCUCGCUCGGCCAGGGAGCGUCCACGCGCGUCAGCCACCAGCUUGGCGCGGGCCGCCCUGCGGGCGCGCGCCGUGCCGCCAGCGCCGCAUUCUACAUCGGCCUCGUCGUCGGCCUCGCGGCCGCCAUCUUCAUGGUGUCCGUUCGCAACCACUGGGGCCGCAUGUUCACGUCGGACGCGGACAUCCUCCGCCUCACGGCCGUGGCGCUCCCCAUCGCGGGGCUCUGCGAGCUCGGCAACUGCCCGCAGACGGCUGGCUGCGGCGUCCUCCGUGGCAGCGCCCGCCCCGCCAGCGGCGCGCGCAUCAACCUGGCCUCCUUCUACCUGGUGGGCAUGCCGGUGGGCGUGGCGCUGGCCUUCGGAGCCCGCCUUGGCUUCGCCGGCCUGUGGCUCGGUCUCCUCGCGGCGCAGGCAGCGUGCGCCGUCUGGAUGGCGCGUGCCGUCGCCGCCACCGACUGGGACGUCGAGGUCGCACGCGCCAAGGAGCUGACCAAAGGCAGCACCAGCAACAACCACAGCGAAUGCAACACCACCAGCUCAGCUAGUGAUAUAACCACCGUGAUCGCCACUAUCACCACAAGCGCCACUGGUAACAGCAAUGCCUUCUGCAAGAACAACGGUUACGUGCCAAUCAGCGAGAGCUGCGGCAACGACAACGAGCUGGAGAAGCUGGAGGAAGGACUCAUGACCAGCACCACCUCUAGCGCCAACGUCAGUGGCCACGACAGUGUCAACGGCGACGCGCCAGGCGACACCGAUGUCGUGGUUAGGGACAAUCACGGCAGCAGCAGCAACAGUGGCGCUGCUGGUACGACGGCGACGGAGGGAAAGGAGCAGAGGAGGGACAGCUCGGACUCGGAGAGGACCCCGCUCAUCAGUGUGGAGGAUGGGGAGCACGAUGGCGAUGGCCGUGGGGGCCGGCCAGGUCUAGUGUGAUCGGUCGAUUGAUCCAUUAAUCUUGCUAUUGACUUUGAUCCAUCUCCAUUUCAUCUUGAUCCUCUUUUAACUGGGGGUGAGGUUUUGUGACAGAGAGUACAAUUGAUUAGAGAAAAGGAUUAUAUAUUGGCUGUUGGUAGAAGAGAAAUAUCUUUUAUGAAUAAAAUAUGGUGAGAGUUUCUUCUAGAAAGGAGAUUCAAAUUUAAAGAAGAGGUGAAGAGGAUGGAGAAUAAAAACGUCUUGAUAUUAAAAAGAUUGGAUCCACUGAUCUGAUGGCUAAAGGUCUGUAUUUAUAAUAUCAUGUAGGAUGUAAAUAUAUUGUAUAUCCUUAAAGAGAUAGUGACACAAGAUAUCACUACACCAUAUAGACCUAGGGCCGGUCGAAUCGUACAACAUGGGUCUAGGUAUGAUGCAUUUACCCCUAAUCAUAAGAUAUCAUCUACUAUGAUAAUACAAUGAUGCAAGUGACCCUAAGGGUGUGGUACUCAGUCGGUCAUCUAUUGCAGCGCUGCACUGUCCAAUGUGUCAGUCCGGCUCUCA